AUGGCUACUGUACCCAUCGCCAUUAAGCCUGUUGUCGAGUCUACGGACACUGCGACCGAGCUGCUUUGGCAGGAUGCUCUGCGUCACCUUGACUAUACUAACAACGAGGUGCUGUUGCCAACCAAUGUCAUUGAUACGAUCGGCCAGUCCAACAUGGACAAAAUCAAGUCUCGGCUUUCAGGAGAAGCUGACAUGUACAAAAGCGCUCUCAUCGGUGGCCCCGUUGUGGCCUUCGUUGAUGAAUCCAUCAACGCUCUGCGUAUCAUGCGCACCCCUGCCUUUUCGGGCUCGGUUAUCUCUGUUGCUUCUCAUGAACUGGCUCAGAAGUCUGUCAAAGAAAGAGCUGUGUCUCCGAGCAAGUCUCACGGUAAAGCUGUCAUCCAGUCCAAGAAUGCAAAGAUUCCUCGCCCCCCCAACGCAUUCAUUCUCUACCGUCAGGAGCAUCAUCCAAAAAUCAGGGAGGCUCAUCCUGAGUUUCAUAAUAAUGAUAUCUCAAUAGCCGUCAUGCUUGGCAAGCAGUGGAAAGCUGAGCCUGAAGAUGUCAAGGCACAAUACAAAGCUCUAGCAGAGAGCGCCAAGCGGAAGCAUGCUGAGGACUAUCCUGAUUACCAGUAUGCUCCUCGCAAGCCUUCUGAGAAGAAGCGCCGUGGGUCGUCGCGUCAGUACCCCAAGCACCAGGACUUGACUCCUCUCUUUGAGCCUUCGAGCCCGGCGAGUGCGCCCUCGAGCGUGCAGACUCCUGCUGUCAGCCCUGCGAUGAGUGCCGAAGACAUCCGCGUGCACGAGUUUGGCACUCAGGACCUGUCUCCAAUGAACUUCACUUUCAAUGCACCAAUCCCUGAAGGAUGGGUGGUCGACGCGAACGCCUUCAGCGGCUUCAACCCCAUCGACCCUUUCGAUACUCUGGUUCACCAGGUGCAGAACGACAACAAGAACGUUCUUUUCCAGGACUACAACUUUGUCGACUCUGAUGUUAUCGAGGGAGGUGAUCUUUCCGAGUUCAUCAACUGGUACUGA